AUGCCACCCAAAAAAGAUGAAAAAGGUAAGGGUCAACUAAAGCCUCGUCGCACUAGAUUCAUUGUAGAGGAGGUUCCUAACUCAGAUAUGUUCGUUCCUAUGCCACGCUCUACUCCACGCUCUACUCCACCGCCUAUGCAUCCUACACCGCCUAUGCAUCCUACACCGCCUAUGCAUCCUACACCGCCCAUGUCUGGAUCUUUCACUGGAUUACUAUCCAUGCCCCCUGGAUCAGGUUUUUUUUGUCCUCCUGGAUACUCUUACCCCACAUAUUUUCCUACAGAGACAGGUGGAUCAAGCAUGCCAUUACCCAUGCAUAUGGGGACAGGUGGAUCUGGUAGCAUGCCAUUACCCUUGCAUAUGGGGACAGGUGGAUCUGGUAGCAUGCCAUUACCCAUGCAUAUAGAGACAGGUGGAUCUAGCAUGCCAUUACCCAUUCCUUCAGAGGAUGAUACCAGUGCUCCUGGAGAUACCAGUGCUCCUGGAGAUACCAGCGCUCCUGGAGAUACUAGUGCUAAGGAGCAAACAAAGAGGAAGCGUAUUUUGAAAAAAAAUACGACUCAAAAAAUUAAGUAUCAUGAGGGCAGACUAAGCAUUUAUCCCGAUGCAGGAUCGUAA